CACCUAGCAAUUUCUUUAGAAGUCCUAAACACCAUAGAGUUCGAAUUAUUUAAUAUAAUAAACAUGAAGUAACAAGUACUUUUGGUUAUCGGUUUAUAAAAUGAUUAAUACAUUAGGUCAAUCAGUUGCAAGAAGUGUUUACAUUCGUAUAAGCUUUAUCCUAAGUUCCACAGCCUUGUUUACAAAGCCAAGCAUACUUAUCUAAUUUAUUUUAUUUUAAAAUAAGAUUCCAGUGAAAAAGAAUGUUUAUACAAUGGGUAUAAAAACAUACGUGUUCUUUGAUAUCGAAACAACAGGAUUACCGUAUCAAGAGAAAAACCACACUAAAAUAACUGAACUUACAUUUGUAGCAGUGUCACGAAAUGAUUUAGAAAACGGUGAUAAUCAAGCUCUACCGCCUACAAAUAAAUUAUCCUUACUUUUUAAUCCCCAGAGACAUAUUUCAGAGAAGGUUUGUAACUUGACUGGCUUAUCAAAUAACUAUUUAAAGAAUCAAGCCAUUUUUAAAGACAAAAUAAAAAUUAUAAAUUCGUUUUUAGAAUUACCAAAGCCUGUAUGCCUUAUAGCUCACAAUGGCAACAGAUUUGACUACAAAAUAUUACUCUCUGAGUAUUUGGAUGCCCAAGAAACUCUGCCAUCAGAUUUGUUAUGUGUUGAUUCUUUGUCCGGAUUCAGGCAUGUUAUGAAAAAUAUUGACAUAGAGCAAUGUAAAAACAAAAAAAUAUGUACUUCCUAUGAUUAUAAUGUAGAAGAUACAAGCGAUUGGCCAGAACUUGAUAUAAGCAAUGAAGAUUGGGACAAAAUUGACAGUCUUGUCGCAUCUUUUUCUGAAAUGGCUUCACCAAAAACUGAUAAUAAAAAGAUGUCUUACAGUUUGUCAAAUCUGUAUAAGGUUUUGUUAGGGAAGGAGCCAGUUAAUGCUCAUAGAGCUGAAACCGAUUGUGUGAUGCUUUUGGAAUGUGUGCUCGCUGUAAAGGAAGAUUUCUUAUCCUGGGCCGAUGCUAAAUGUAAACCUAUUAAGGAGAUCAAACCAUUGACAAGAAUGUAGUUAUUGACAAACAUUGAUAAUAUUAAUCACAAUAUCAAAGAUCAAGUAAAUGUUAUUUGAAAAGAAUCUUAUAUACAUAUAUAAAAAUAUUUUAUUUACAUUGUAACAUGUAAUGUUAUUAUAUACUCGUAUUAUUUGUUUGCUAUAUAUAUAUAUGUCUAAUUUAGUACUAUAAAUUAUAUUAUUAUUUUUAUAGUACAUUAAUUAUGUUUGAAUGAACAAUGUUAAAUAAUUUAAUAUAUAUUCUUUUAAUA